AAUGUCACAUUUUGGAUUUGACAUUGCGUUCUAAACGAAAAUAUUAUUCUAUAAUUUUUCUUUGUUUGUCGUGGACAAACAAUUAUUAAUUAUUUUGCUUUAUGUACAAAUGAUCUCAAGUUUAUUAAUGAUAUUAGGACAUUAGUAUAAUUAAUUAACUGUAUCAGUUUCUUUCGAGCUUCGCACAUGACGCAAUAGCGAAAGGUGACCAAAAAUGAGUGAUACAAAGUCAUUUAUAAAUUUCUCCUGCCAACGAUGUUUGCAGCCUUUGAAGCUGGAUGAGUCUCUGAAUAACCUAGGUGAGCAUACCAUAGCUGAUUUGACUUUACAAAUACGAAGGAACAACGAGGCAGACCUUGAUUUACAGUCGUCGAGUUUGGAACAUUAUGUGCCGCCUUUUCGGAUGUCUGAGUCUGGAAAUGGCACUAAUGGCUUUAUGGUUAUUUCUGACGGAUGGGAAACUACAUCUUUAGGUCACCAACUGCAUGUAAAAGCUACUCUAUUCGACUUGCUGUCUAACAAUUCGGAUGUCGACCAUCCAUUGUGUGAUGAAUGUACUGAUACGUUAUUAGAAUUAAUGGAUAAUCAGUUGAAGCAAACGGAAGCCGAGUGGAAGGAUUACAGUGAUUAUUUGAAGAAGUUAGAAGAUGAUAAAGAGGAUUUGAAUUUAGAGGGAUUGGAGAAAGAACUGGACGAUUGGAGACAGGAGCAAACUAGAUUAUUGCAAGAGUUGUCUGCACUGCAGAAAGAGGAGAAGGCUAUGAAUGACGAGAUAGAAGUGCAGGAAAAAGAGAAAGAAAGGUUGGAGAAGGAGCAAGAUGUCUAUUGGAAAGAGUAUACUCGUCAUCGGAAAGAGCUGAUGACAACAGAAGAUCAAAUGAAGUUUUAUGAAUGCCAGCUGGCAUACACUCAGUCGCAGUUGGAGAAAUUGAAGAAGAUGAAUGUCUUCAAAGCAACAUUCCACAUUUCUGAUUCAGGACAGUUUGGUAUAAUAAAUAACUUUAGACUUGGACGUUUACCAACUGCUCCAGUAGACUGGUCAGAAAUUAAUGCAGCUUGGGGUCAGACUGUUCUGUUGCUGUCUUCGUUAGCACGGAAGAUCAAUUUCAUGUUCCAGCGUUAUCGUUUAGUGCCAUAUGGCAAUCAUUCGUACAUUGAAGUUAUAGAAGAUCAAAAAGUUUUGCCAUUGUAUGGGUCGGGAGGUUUUCGAUUCUUGUGGGACACGAAAUUUGAUGCUGCAAUGGUAGCGUUCUUGGAUUGUCUCCAGCAGUUUAAAGAACAAGUGGAGAAAGGAAAUACAGGGUUUUGUUUGCCAUAUAGAAUAGACAAAGGAAAGAUAGAAGACACUGCAUCACCACCACACGCCUAUUCUAUCAAAAUACAGUUUAAUUCUGAAGAACAUUGGACCAAAGCUCUCAAGUACAUGUUAACAAACUUAAAGUGGGCUUUAACAUGGAUAUCAUCACAAUUUAGUGAAGACAGAAUUGAAAACUAGAUAUAAUUUUUGUCUGUGAUAUUUGUUUACUUCAUAUUGUUGAAGAUAGCAUUUUAAAAACAGUAAUACCUCGUACUUAUGCAUAGGUAGCACUGAACAACAAUCCCAUAAGUUGGGAUAUAAUCAUUAACGCGUAUCUGUGAGAUCCUGGCUCCUAGUAAUGCAUCCAUUUAAAGUGACAUGUUCUGAUAUGCACAUUAGCUUAAUAAUGUGGAUAAAAUGUGAGUAAUCUAGGUUUGUGUGACAUUUAAACAAUAAAAUCGAUGAGUUUUGAAGAUUGCGUAUUUCUGGAUCCAUGUAAGUCUGCAUAGCAUAAGUUGAGGUAUUAUUGUAAUAAUAUUUAUUCCUUUAGAAAAAACAUAAAUGCAAAAUAUAAUAUUUACAGUUAUUUCAAAUAGAUUAGAAUCAUACUGUAACAUCCAUGGUACCAUUACACACAUUUCUAUUCCUGAGGACUAAGGUGUUAUUUUUCCAUAUCCUAUAAAGUUCCAGUGAACAAUAUUGAUCAAACUGCUACAGUGAAGUUUAGAAACAGCCAUGGAAAUUCCCUCUCCUAAUAUUAGUAUAUAAAUGAAUGACUAUUAUUUACAUGUCACUCAUUUAAGUAUUUACCUCAUUUUAUGUGAUAAUAUCCUUUGAUUCUGUUAAUGUUAUAUUUUAGUAUUGGAGUAUUUUUUGCCAUUUAUUAGCUAAUUCAUAUACUCAUAGCCUAUUCCUAUAUGAUUUUAAAUAUCUUGGCAUGGAUUUUUAUUAAAAUAAACA